CAUAAUGACGCGAUCUCAAAGCGCUGUGAUGGAUCAUAUUCAUCAUAUUUAUCAUCUGUUCCCUUUAAGAUGAAACAGUGGCCUGACAGAGCUCCACCCCCACCUGACUCAUCCGAGACAAACCAAGAGACAGUCAGUUCCUGUUCAGUUCUCAGUGAGAAGAGACGCAGCGACAGACAGACGCUUCACUCGGAGACAAAAUGGCUUCCAGAUCAGAGGAGGAUUUCUGCUGUCCGGUCUGUCAUGAGGUCUUUAGAGAUCCUGUUGUUCUGUCAUGUAGCCACAGCUUCUGUAAAGACUGUCUGCAGAGCUGGUGGAGAGAGAAUCCAGCACACGAGUGUCCAGUUUGUAAGAGAAGGUCUUCAAAGUCAGAACCACCUUUAAACCGGGCGUUAAAGAACCUGUGUGAGGCCUUCUUACAGGACAGAGAUCAGAGAGCUUCAGAGGCUCUCUGCAGUCUGCAUGCUGAGAAACUCAAACUCUUCUGUCUGGACCAUCAGCAGCCAGUGUGUGUCGUCUGCAGAGAUUCAGAAAAACACAGCGACCACAGAUUCAGACCCAUCGAUGAAGCUGCACGACAACACAAGAAGAAACUUCAGGAAACUCUGGAGCCCUUAAAGAAGACGUUACAGGUUUCUGAACAAGUUAAAGUGAAGUUUGGUCAAACAGCAGAACACCUGAAGGUCCAGGCCCGACACACAGAGAGGCAGAUUAAGGAGCAGUUUAAGAAGCUUCACCAGUUUCUAGAGGAGGAAGAGGAGGCCAGGAUGGCUGCACUGAGGGAGGAAGAGGAGCAGAAGAGUCAGAUGCUGAAGGAGAAGAUGGAGGCUCUGAGCAGAGAGAUAGCAGCUCUUUCAGACACAGUCAGAGCCACAGAGGAGCAGCUGAGAGCUGAAGACGUCUCAUUCCUGCUCAACUACAAGGCUGCAGUGGAAAGAGUCCAGCAGCGCCCCUUGCUGGAGGAUCCACAGCUGCCCUCAGGAGCUCUGAUAGACCAGGCCAAACACCUGGGCAACCUGACCUUCAACAUCUGGAACAAGAUGAAGGACAUGGUCUCCUACACUCCUGUGAUCCUGGACCCAAACACUGCUGGUCCAAGACUCAUCCUGUCUGAAGAUCUGAUCAGUGUGAGAGGAGGAGAGAGACAGCAGCUUCCUGACAAUCCAGAGAGGUUUGAUGGUUAUUACUCUGUCCUGGGCUCUGAGGGCUUCAACUCAGGGACUCACAGCUGGGAGGUCGAGGUUGGAGACAGUACAGUCUGGUUUCUGGGUGUGUUAGCAGAGUCUGUCCAGAGGAAGGGACUCAAACUGUCCGGAUUCUGGGGAAUAUUGUUAUAUAAAGGUCAAUACUCAGCACGCUCACCACCAAUUCCACCCACUGAUCUCCGAAAUCAGAAGAAUCCUAAGAGGAUCAGAGUGAAUCUGGACUGGAACAGAGGAACGCUGUCGUUCUCUGAUCCUGAUACUAACACACACAUACACACCGUUACACACACUUUCACUGAGAGGAUGUUUCCAUUCAUUUACACUAUGGCUAAAUUGCAGAUAUCAGCAGUGAAGGUCUGUGUGACAGUGGAACAGAGCAGUUAGAGAUAAAGAGGAUGAUUAUAUUUAUGAUGAUGUUUAUUUCUUAAAGGGAAAAGUCUCUGAAUUGAACCUGUGAAGCUGCACCUGUCCUCCUGCUGCCUCAUUAUUCCAAACCUAUGUUGAUCUUUGGUUCACUUACUGUUUUUCAUUGGUUUUAUUUCUUUUUCUUGGUAUUUAGUUCGACACUUUUAGUUUCUGUUGUCGACCUUUUCAUAUGUGAAAUGAUUUCACUCUGUUUCUUUAUGUUUGCUUCGUUUAGCCUUUUCUUUUUUAUGGAUCCUGUGUCAUUUGAAAUAGUUGUCCAUGUUUUAUUAUUUGGACUGGUGUGUGUGGAGCCAUGAAGAGCAGCAGCCACUCUGUGAAGCUGAUGAGGAUCCAGAUAAAGAAACAACAAUCAGUUUAUCAAUAGCUGCAUGUUUGAGCGGCCAAUCAUUGUUCAGAUCCAAAUGUCUGGUUCUUAUUAAUAUUAACGUUAUUAUAAUAAAGCAGUUUGUAAAUGCAGGUUCAACAAUCUGUGUAUAAAUGUAACAUUCACACUGUGGCUGAACAUUUUACCACUGAAGGUCUCAGUGACAAAACAACAGCUUUGAUAGAUGUUUGCAGUUUGAAUGUGGUGAUUAGUACUCAGUUAUUCCCUUCUUAAAAAUCAGCAUCUGUCCAUCUAAAGUCCAUCUCAGUCAAACAGUGUAUUACAGCAGCGCAGGAGUUGGCUGAACAAAUGCAAAUAUAUCAGUUCAACAGCAGCUCAACUAAAUGUUUCAGAGAACUUUACAAACUGUAAAAAUCUGUUUGUUAAAAAUCUUUAAUGAUUACUUCAGUAAACUGUGGUGUGUUUGAAUCCCAAACGACCCCAAAGCUCUCAUGUCACUUUCUCUGCUGACUUUUCCCGCCUCCCCACCGCCGACAGCCGCGGCCGGAGGCAGAAGCAAUAUCUCAGGAACGCCUGGAGGGGAUUUCUUCACAUGACUCAAACAUCCACAUGGACUCAAAGACGAACUGAUUCGAAUCUGGAGGUCAAAGGUCAGUGUGACCUCACAAAACACGUUUUUGCCCAUAACUCAAGAACUGAGGCGGUAAUUAUGACAAAACUGUAAAUGUGCAGGCUCUGUCUUCACUGGUACCUUUAAGUUUAUUAGCCUAAAUUUUGUUCUUCCUGUAACAAAAUAUAUUAUUUGUUAUUUAUGUA